CCAGUUUAAAGGACCUGAAAAUGCACUGACAGCCAAGAAGGAUAUUUUGAAGUUUGAAAUGAUCCCUAUAUAAAUAGAACGGAUCAGCAUAACUUUGGGAUAAAAUUAGCCGACAGUUUGUGGACUCUCCAGCAUGUGCCUGUUCGCUUAGUGCUGUUCUCCUGAUAAAUCACAACAGAGCUUCCAGAGAGAGAGGAGGAUGGAUAACAACAAUGUCCCUCUCAGUAAAUCUGGAACUGCCAGGUUAAUUAAGAGAAAUUUCCUUGAGGCGCUAAAGUCAAAUGACUACGGAAAAUUGAAGUCUAUUUUAAUCCAAAGGGAAAUAGAUGUGGACACAGUGUUUGAAGUUGAAGAUGAGAACAUGGUUUUGGCAUCUUAUAAACAAGGUUAUUGGUUGCCUAGUUAUAAGUUGAAGUCAUCCUGGGCAACAGGCCUGCACCUGUCUGUGCUGUUUGGUCAUGUGGAAUGUCUCUUGGUGCUAUUGGACCACAAUGCCACCAUCAACUGUAGACCCAAUGGAAAAACUCCUCUUCACGUGGCUUGUGAAAUGGCCAACCUAGACUGCGUGAAGAUCCUCUGCGACCGGGGAGCAAAGCUCAAUAGCUACUCCCUAAGCGGACACACAGCUUUGCACUUCUGUACAACUCCGAGCUCCAUUCUCUGUGCCAAGCAGUUGGUGUGGAGAGGUGCAAACGUGAAUAUGAAAACCAACAACCAGGAUGAGGAGACCCCCUUGCACACGGCUGCCCACUUCGGCCUCUCUGAGCUGGUGGCCUUCUACGUGGAGCACGGGGCCAUCGUGGACAGCGUGAACGCCCACAUGGAGACGCCAUUGGCCAUCGCCACCUACUGGGCCCUCCGCUUUAAAGAGCAGGAGUACAGCAGGGAGCACCACCUCAUCUGCCGCAUGCUGCUCGACAACAAGGCGGAGGUCAAUGCCCGGGAUGACGACUUUAAAUCCCCCCUCCACAAGGCAGCCUGGAAUUGUGACCAUGUGCUCAUGCACAUGAUGCUGGAAGCUGGUGCAGAAGCCAAUCUCAUGGAUAUCAAUGGCUGCGCUGCUAUCCAGUACGUGCUGAAGGUCACUUCGGUGCGACCAGCUGCCCAGCCGGAGAUCUGCUACCAGCUGCUGUUGAAUCAUGGGGCUGCUCGAAUAUACCCUCCGCAGUUCCAUAAGGUGAUACAGGCUUGCCAUUCUUGUCCCAAAGCAAUUGAAGUGGUGGUCAAUGCCUAUGAACACAUCAGGUGGAACAUAAAGUGGAGAAGAGCCAUCCCGGAUGAUGACUUGGAGAGAUACUUUGAUUUCUACCACUCUCUCUUCACCGUAUGCUGCAACUCUCCAAGAACCCUCAUGCAUUUAUCGAGAUGUGCCAUUCGACGAGCAUUACACAACAGAUGUCACAAAGCAAUUCCUUUGCUUUCCCUCCCAUUGUCAUUGAAAAAGUACUUGCUUUUAGAGCCAGAGGGAAUCAUUUAUUAA